AUGGUUGCGCCCGCCGUGCCCGAAAUCACCGAGGAGGAGGUCCACGAGUCUGUCGAGAGCAGAACCGAACAGCUGUUGUCGCUCCGCGAGCUCGGCCCACCCGAUCUCGUCCAUCUGGUCAGGCAACCGAUCCGCGGAACUGGUCGCCAUAUUGGCGUGUACCAUCAUGUGACAGGUGUCGACGCAUCCUCCUCGGCCAGCCUGGCCGCCUACAUCAACACCCUGACGUACCGCGAGCCCGGCACGACUGCCACGACCAAGAUCAGCGAGGGCCUGUACUGCUGCUACAAUGCGCUCUCACGGCUCGACAUGCGGGUGCACGUGACAAUUCCCGGAACAGUCGAGAGCUACUGCGUCGACGAGCGGGGCGAGAAGAAGAAGGCGUCGGACGAGCUGUGGCUGGAGACGUAUCUGUGCAGCGUGUUGCGGGCGUAUUCGUACGCCGACGACGGCAGCGGCGAGACGAUCCGCAAGAUCAUGGGCGUGCGGCGCUUCAACCCGGUGACGAACACGGAGACCGAGCACCGCUUCCUCAACGCGGCCGAGCAGCUCUUCUUCCGCGGCUGGCAGCUGGGCUCCGACGCCACGGUGCAGGUGCCGACGGUGGUGUCGAAUCACCUGGUCAGCGGCCUGCUCAAGUACUUUGAGACGACCGGCCGCUAUGCCUCGGGCAUCAACCUGUUCCAGAAGCUGCGCACGCAGAACGUCGAGGUAGCUUCGCUGCUGGCCAAGGUACUCUUCAUGGGCAACGAGGAGGUCGACGGGGUGCGUGUGCUGCACCGUGCCCUACAGGAGGAGCCGAUGGACUACGUCAUGCUCGACACCCAGGCCGCCUUUCUGUUGCGCAAAGCCCGCACCGCCGCCACGGCCGAGCAGAAGGAACAGCGGCUGCGCAUGGCUCUCGGCUGUGCCGACCGCAGCACCGUGGCUGCCCCGAGCGAGUUUGGCACGUGGGCUCGGCUGGCCGAGGUGUACGUGGCCCAGGAGGAUUGGGAGAACGCGCUGACGAUCCUGAACUCGUGCCCCAUGUUCACGUACCAGGACAAGGACUCGCCCCAGAUGCCCGAGCCGAAGGAGGUGUCGCUGCCCAUCUUGCCAGAAACCCGGCUGGACGAGCUCGACGGCGAGCUUGACUCGCGCUACAACGAUCAGGUCGACCCCAGCCUGCUCGGCCUGCGUGCCGCCGCCUACCGCGGCACUUUCAAACACGCCUACAACAUCCUGACCGAGAUGACCGCCAAGAUCGGCUGGGACCAGCUGCUGAAGAUCCGGAGCAACGUCUUCGUCAUGGAGGACGAGUACCGCACCGAGAAGAAGGAGGGCUCCAUUGCCUCUUAUCCCGUGACCCAACAGGCCGCCCAGGCCACGGAUGCGCUUCGGGGCACGCCCGACCCGCAGACAAACGGGCACGACGACGGCGACGAUACCGGCAGCGCUGCCGAGAGUGAGAGCAGCGCGGACGAGGACGACGAUGCGUCCAAGAUCGAGGGUGACGACCGGUCCGGGGUCGAGAAGCCGAGCACGGCGGCCGAUGCGGGCGAGAAGGAAGAGCAUGGCACCGCCAUUGAAGAGCACCUCUCGCGGCUGAACAACAAGCGGCUGUGCGAGCGCUGGCUCGACAGCUUGUUCAUGGUGCUGUACGAGGACCUGCGUGUGUACACGAUCUGGCGCACGCAGAUGGCCCAGUACCGGGCGCAGCAGAUGCAGUACAAGAAGUCGGCCGAGGAGUGGGAGAUUCUCGGGCUGCUGGCCGAGCGGCUGCAGCACGCCGACGAGGCCGUCGAAGCCUACCGCGCCUGUCUGGCCCAGCGCUUCAGCCCGCGUGCCAUGUCGGGCAUCCUGCGGGCGCUCAAGACGGCACGGGCGGGCAGCAGCCGCACAGGCAGCACCAGCAACGGCCACGGCAACGCGAACGGCACGGCGAGCACGGCGUCGCCAGCAAGAGCCGCCGGCGGGUCGUCUUCCCAUCCGACGCCGGUGGCGAUGCCGCAGCCGGCCAGCACGGCCGAGACGGUGGCGUCCGUGAUCCGGCUGGUCACCUGGCAGUAUCGGUGGUAUUCGGGCUUCUCGCCACAGCUGCUGCAGACGGUUCGCGUCCUGAUCGAGGACGAGGGCGCGGUCAAGGUCGGCAGCCUGGUGCAGGCCACAAACUUGCCGCAGCACCGGUACGGACGGGUAGGUUACGGAGAACGGAGGGAGAACGGAGAACGGACGGAAACGGAGUGCAACGAUGACUAA